AUGAUGCGCUCGAAAAUAUUUGAUGAUGCCGAACUCGAACGACUACGACGUGAGGCUAUUCCGUCGUCGAAUGAAUCGGCUAUGGCUGGAGAUGCAGCUCCACAUUCGACAGACCAGCAUCCACACGUGGAAGCCACCAUGGAUCUUCCAGUUGUGGUUGAUUCGAUCGACGAUGAAAUAGUCUCCCACGAACUAGAACAAAUGAGGAGUAUAUUGGAAGAGGCGAUUUUGGAAACGCGCAGCAAGCGAAAUCGGGCUGUCGUGAGGGCUCUUAACCCAAUGCUGGUGACCUAUUUGGAAGCCAGCUGGGACCUUUGCGAGACGGACUCCAUUCUCUUUGAAGCCGCAGUGGCAGUUUGCCGUAUUAUUGGCGCCAAACUUCCCAUGGCUGGACGCGCUACUACACAAAGUAGCGCCAUCCCAGCCUGGAGAACAAGAAUUGAAGAACGUAUCGCAAAGGCUAGGGCCCUCAUCGGCAGACUGAUAUGUUUCAGGUCAGGCAAUACCAGGCCAAGGAUUGUGCGCACCGUCAGGAUGGCGUUUGCUGGGACAAAUGUUAGUUUGUCCCAGCCGGAUAUAAUGCAGAAACUGACGGAGCGCAUAGACGACCUGAAGCAGAGAAUCGCUGCUUGGGGAAAGCGAAUUCGGCGAUAUACCGAGAGGUCGACACGGUUCAACCAGAAUCGUCUCUUCCAGAGUGAUCAGAAGAGGCUCUAUAAAUCAUUGGAGCGACGAAUGGUAAGUGGAACGGGCCCAGUACCGAAUCAGGCCGACACGGUUGCAUUCUGGCGCGGCCUGUCGUCAGAGCCCGUAAACCACAACGAGGGCCCUUGGACGGAAGUUGUGGCGAGUCAGUGUGCGGGUAUUACGCCCAUGGAUCCCGUCACCAUUACGCCGGAUGACGUAGCUGAGGCGGUCCGUAGGGCCCCGAACUGGAAAAAGUCCGGCACUCGACGGGCUGCAUCACUACUGGCUGAAGGGGUUCGUGGUGUGUCACACUGUGCUCGCCCGACAGUUUCAAGAGGUUCUCAACCAGAAGUCGCUCCCGAGCCUCUUCACUACUGGGAUCACCCAUUUGGCUCCUAA